AUGAUACAUGUAGACCGUGACUCAUAUCCCCUUGCAGGAUUUUCUAGCUCAGAAGACAAAUAUCUGUCAUUGACUACUGACAGGAAGGCCUCUAGAGAAUUAGUAGUAGGAAUUAUCUUGUCAUUACAGACCACAUUCGGAAUCCUGGGGAAUUUCUCUCUUCUUUACCAUUAUCUUUUCCUUUAUUUCACUGGGUCUAGGCUAAGAUCCACCGACUUGAUUGUCAAGAACCUGAUUGUAGCCAACUUGUUGGUUUUAUUGUUUAGCGGAAUCCCCCAUACAAUGUCAUCUUUUGGGUGGUAUCAGGUUUACAGUGAUUUUGGAUGCAGAUUUUUUUUAUAUUUUCGUGGAGUAGGAAGGGGUGUGUCCAUCAGCACCACCUGCCUCUUGAGUGUCUUCCAGGCCAUCAUGAUCUGCCCCAGAAAGUCCGGGAGGGCAGAUCUUAAAGAGAAAGCUCUCAAGUGUGUUGUCCCAUCAAUUUCCCUGUGCUGGGUCCUGCACAUGCUGGUAAAUGUCCUCUAUCCUAUGUUUGUGAGCAGCAAUUGGGGGAACAAAAACAUCACAAACCAAAAAUCAUUUGGAUACUGUUCUGCUGUUCGUCAUGACAAAACCAGAGACUCAUUAUAUGCAGCAUUGCUAUCAGUCCCUGAUGUUUUCAGUUUGGUGCUCAUGAUGUGGGCCAGCGGUUCCAUGGUUUUCAUACUGUACAGGCACAAGCAGAGGGUGAAACACCUUCAUAGGACCAAUGUCUCCUCCAGAUCCUCCCCGGAGUCCAGAGCUACCAAAACCAUCCUUCUCCUGGUGAGCACCUUUGUGUAUUUUUACACCCUUUCUUCCAUCUGUUAUGUAUGUUUGGCUCUCUUUCACAAUCCUAACUGGUUUAUUUUAAAAAUCAGUUCAAUAAUUUCUCUGUGUUUCCCAACUGCCAGCCCUUUUCUGUUCAUGAGCUGUGAUUCCAGUCUAUUCAGGCUCUGCUUUGCCUGGAUAAGGAAUACGAAAUUCCUUAACCUUCUGAGAAAUCUGUGA